CAUGUUCACACUUACUAAAUAUUUACUGCGUCCACCAAUUUCAACUUUAUUUUCCCAAAAAAAAAAAAAGAGUUUAAUUUAAUUCAUUUAGUAUUGCUGUUGGGAGCUUUGCAGGAAAAAGGAGAAAUUUGUUAGCUGCACCAUAAAAGGGGAAGGGAAGAAGAAUAAAAAAAGAAAAAGUGAGAAAAAACAACCAUUUCUGGGGUUUGGAACUUUGGAAUUUUGCUGUUGUUCUUUUUCAUUUUCAGUUGAUCAUCAUCAUCAUCCCCAUCGAGGAAAAGGAAAACAGUUGCCAAACUGCCCAGUUCUUAUUUUCUCUUUCUGUUUCCUAAUCAUAAGUCAUAAUCCCACCUUCCCUUUCCUCUGUUCUUCCUCCUUUUCAUACAAAUCUCCUGCCCCAAGCCUUUCUAUACACUUUGAUGGUGUAGAUUUGGACCCUUACACGAACCCUAACUUCAAUUCCACUCCUCCCUUCAUGGAAGAAUCAGAAUUGUGGCUGUCUUAGCUUCUGAUCUCAGUUUUAUCAUUUUCCAUGUUAAAGUUGCUUCAGAAUCCUGCUUGAAACCCCCUCAAUUGUCAGUUAGAAUUUAAGGGAAUGCUAUUUCUGAUUUGGGCAAAUUGGAAUGUAUCCAUGUAGCUUUUCUGUGUAUUGAUUUUUUUGGCUGUAUAAUAAAUGUGAUAAUGAAGAUUUGUUGCCAAGUUGGGGUUGUUUGAUGUUAAUAUAAGGAAGAAUGGUGAAAUUUAUUUGGAUGGAAAUUUGGGGAAUUCUGGUCAUUUGGAGGCUUUAUUAUAGUUUGGACAUAGUGCCAGUUGAUAAAUUUAGAAUCUUAAUAAUCAAUGUCAAUUAAAUUUGUACCCAAGGAUAAUAUGAGAGUUUUUUUUAUGUUAAUGGGAGGAAGAUGAGGUGGUUGUACUUGGAUGGGAAAUGUGGAAAGUUCUACCCAUGUGGAAGCUUUAAUAUAGUUUGGACUUAAAUAAAGUUUAAAUCUUAUAAUUAACAUGAUCAAAUCGAUUUGUAACCAAGUAUAGUAAGAGGGAUUCAUUGAUAUUAAUGGGAUAAUAGAAGUCGCGAGUGUGGAAGGUUGUAAGCUAUGUGCAAUCUUUAGAGUUUAUCGUGUUGAUACAAGUCUAAGCUUUAUCGCCGGUGGAUAAGCCAUUUAAACAUGAUGAUACUGCUUCUAGUUGCAAAUUGUCGCAGGACUGCAUAUUCAGUUUCUUUGUCGCCUUGUUUUCCUUCCUUUUUAUCUUGAGAUUAGUAAGUAUGACUGCCAGAAAUGAGCUUUACUUGUUUUUGUUGGGUAUUAAGCAACUGCAACUGUAGGUAUAGCUGCAAAAAGCGAAUUCUUCAUGACUUUAUUUAAGCAGCACAUUUCACUUUCACUUCUUUAUAUCCCUGCGCCCAUUAAGCGUUUAAAGAUAUCUCUAGACCAGUAUUAGAGUUUCAUAUAUAACUCAGAUAGAAGAUGUCGAAUAGGAAACAAUUAUGCUUAUAUAUGGGAAGGUUCCGGGGUUCGGAUGGCUGGAAGCUGGGAUGAUGGAAGUAAUGACCUGGCUAAUCAGUCUGAUGAUAGCUCUCAUUUUGAUAGAUCACAUGUGGAACCUAUCUAUGAUGCAUUCAUAUGCCCUUUGACAAAACAAGUAAUGCGGGACCCCGUAACAUUGGAGAAUGGCCAAACUUACGAGAGGGAAGCAAUUGAAAAAUGGUUCAAGGAAUGUCGGGAUGCUGGGAGAAGGCCGGUAUGUCCAUUAACUCAAAGAGAGUUACGGAGCACCGAACUUAAUCCAAGUAUUGCCUUACGGAACGCUAUCGAAGAAUGGAAUGCUAGGAACGAAGCUUUUCAGCUUGAUAUGGCUCGGAGAUCAUUGACUUUGGGAAGCUCAGAGCAAGAUAUUUUUCAAGCUCUCAAAUUUAUCCAGAACUUAUGCCACAAAAGUCAGUCAAAUAAGCUUGUUAUUCGGAAUGCGGAGCUGAUUCCCUUGAUAAUUGAUACAUUGAAGAGCAGUUUCCGAAGAACUCGAUUGAAAGCCUUAGAAACUCUUCGAAUUGUGGUCGAGGAAGAUUCUGAUAAUAAGGAAAUUAUGGCUCAAGGGGACACUGUACGCACGGUAGUGAAGUUCUUAUCAAAUGAGCAAUCCAAAGAGAGGGAAGAAGCUGUUUGUUUGCUGUAUGAGCUCUCCAAAUCUGAAGCUUUAUGUGAAAAGAUUGGUUCAGUUAAUGGAGCAAUUCUUAUUUUGGUUGGGAUGGCAAGCAGCACAUCGGAAAACCUUGUGGCUGUUGAGAUGGCUGAUAAAACUCUAGAGAAUCUGGAGAAAUCUGAGAACAAUGUGAGACAGAUGGCUGAAAGUGGUCGAUUACAGCCACUUCUGAGGCUACUACUUGAAGGGUCUCCAGAAACCAAAUUAUCAAUGGCUGGAUUUCUCGGUGAUUUGGUCUUAAACAACGAUGUAAAAGUUUUGGUGGCUAGGACUGUUGGUUCAUCUCUGGUUAAUAUAAUGAAAACUGGUAACAUACAAUCCAGGGAGGCCUCUCUGAAAGCAUUAAAUCAGAUUUCCUCGCAUGAGGUAAGUGCUAAGAUAUUAAUAGAGGCUGGUAUACUCCCUCCUUUAGUCAAGGAUCUGUUCACCGUGGGUGCCCACCAAUUGCCGAUGAGACUAAAGGAAGUUUCCGCCACGAUCCUUGCAAAUGUUGUCAAUUCAGGAUAUGUCUUUGAUUCUAUUCCUGUUGGGCCGGAACAACAAACCCUGGUUUCGGAAGACAUCAUUCACAAUCUCCUCCAUCUUAUCAGCAACACUGGGCCGGCAAUAGAAUGCAAGCUUCUUCAGGUGCUUGUUGGGCUCACUAAUUGUCAGGUUACUGUUUCCAGUGUUGUUUCUGCCAUUAAAUCCUCUGGUGCAACUAUAAGUUUGGUGCAGUUUAUCGAAGCUCCACAAAAGGAUUUAAGAGUGGCUUCCAUUAAACUUCUCCAAAACUUAUCUCCCCACAUGGGACCUGAAUUAGCUAGCUGCUUACGUGGCACGUCGGGUCAGCUUGGCAGUUUAACUAAACUCAUAUCAGAGAAUAUCAGCAUUACAGAAGAACAAGCGGCAGCCGUUGGGCUUUUAGCCGAUCUUCCUGAAAGAGAUGUGGGCCUAACUCGACAAAUGCUAGAUGAAGGCGUCUUCCAGCAUGUCAUCUCGAGGAUUCUUAGGAUUCGACAAGGCGAGACACGAGGCAACCGGUUUAUGACUCCGUAUCUGGAAGGUCUGGUGAAAGUUCUAUCGAGGAUCACAUUUGUUGUGACUAGCGAGCCUGGUGCCCGUGCCCUUUGUCGAGAUCACAAUCUUGCUGCCGUUUUUGUAGAUCUUCUACAAACUAAUGGGCUCGACAAUGUUCAGAUGACAUCAGCAAUGGCAUUGGAAAACUUAUCUCAAGAAUCAAAAAACCUGACUAAAUUACCGGAAGUGCCGGGCCCUGGAUUUUGUUUGUCCAUUUUCCCGUGCUUAAGCAAACCAGCUGUCAUCACCGGACUCUGUAGGGUCCACCGAGGUACCUGUUCUAUGAAAGACACUUUUUGCCUCUUACAAGGACAAGCUGUGGAAAAGCUUGUUGCCCUUCUUGACCACACCAACGAGAAGGUUGUCGAGGCCUCAUUUGCAGCCUUAUGCACGUUGUUGGAUGAUGAGGUCGACAUUGAACAAGGGGUUCAAGUUUUUUGUGAAGCAGAAGCAAUCAGACCUAUCCUUGAUGUUUUAAUUGAGAGACGCACUGAAAACCUGAGGCGGAGGGCUGUUUGGGCGGUUGAGAGGAUCUUACGCUCAGAGGAUAUUGCCUAUGAAGUUUCGGGUAAUCCUAAUGUCAGUACUGCUCUCGUAGAUGCUUUCCAGCAUGCUGAUUAUCGGACACGCCAGAUCGCAGAGCGUGCCUUGAGGCAUGUCGAUAAGAUUCCAAACUUCUCCGGCAUCUUUCCCAGCGUCGCGUGAUGAUAGAACAACAUUUUUAGGUCAUUUAUUUCGUUUCCAGAAAGGUUGGUUCUGCUAUCUGCAUGCUUUUUGUUCUUAGGGUUUUACAUCAUUCGUAUAUAUGAUAUCCCUUUUUCUUUUCCCCACUGUUUUCUUGUAUGUAGAGGGUUUCAAUUCUUUCCGCUUAUGAACAAUAUGUUGUUGUAAGUUCUAUAGAAGUUCAUUACUGGUAAGAUGAAUUUGUAUCAAUUUCUUUUUUUUUCCCUGUAAUAAAAGAUUAAAUUAGAGGAGAUACCCUUUCCUCCUUCCUUUGGUAGUCUGCUAUGUAUAAUUGAUUUUGAUUUCUUCAAAGGCAAUGGUGACUUCCUCAUUUUGGUGGCUU